CGUAUAAAAACGACCUAACUCUCAACUGUUUAGCAACUUCCCUAAACCCUUAGCCUCCUCUCUCUCUCUCAUGAGUGAUGACUCGUUCACCUAGAUUCCUCGCAGGCCUAAACUCGUCUUCGUCAUCGGAGACUGCGGCGGCGGAGCCUCCGGAGGCAGUAGCCGUGGAAUCGGACUUUGUCGUCAUCCUAGCUGCUAUGCUCUGCGCCUUGAUCUGCGUGGUUGGCCUCAUCGCCGUCGCGCGCUGCGCCUGGCUGCGACGGAACGCCACCACGACCUCCCCCGCGCCGAACAAAGGUCUGAAGAAGAAGGUCCUCCAGUCGCUGCCGAAGUUCACCUACGACUCCGAGGCGAAGCUCGAGGCCGCCGCCUCCGCCGUCGAGUGCGCCAUCUGCCUGGCCGAGUACGCCGACGGCGACGAGAUCCGCGUUCUGCCGCAGUGCGGCCACGGCUUCCACGUUGCCUGCAUCGACACCUGGCUUGGAUCCCACUCCUCCUGCCCCUCCUGCCGCAAGAUACUCGUGGUGGCCAGGUGCCGGAAGUGCGGCGAUAUCCCGGCCGUCUCCGGUGGCGCUGCCCCGACGGAGGCGGAGCUUAACACCAGAGGAAACGCUGUAUCUUCUAGUGGUUUCUUACCGUUCUGAUACAAAGAAAUGGAUAGGAGCGAACAGUGAAUUUGUGAGGCCUUGCCGUGAUUUGAAGGCAGUGUUCCACGUGACGCUCCGUGCUUUGACUUGUCUGGUAGUUGCAGGGGACUUGUCGCGACCUUGAUUUUAGAGAGAGAUCAUUAAUGCUCGAUUUGGCUCGACAUGGAAAAGCUGAAACCAUUGGUCCCCAAGGUACUUAUCCGAGUACAUUAAACAACAGUAGGGAAGCAAGAAAAAGCUAAGGAUAUGAGUUUGAGAAAUCGAAACCCGUGUUUUUGGUAAUUCCUGUAUAUCUCGAUUUACAUGCCUUAUUUUUCAAUUGUUGUAAGUAGUCGCCGCCUUCUUCUUCCUCCUCAUUUUCUUUCCCCCUUUUUCUAGAACGUGGAUUUGAAUCAUUUGAUAGUAUCCAUUCGGAAAUGAUGAUAUGGUGGCUUAGCUUAUCCGAUAGAGAAAAACACCGUCAUUUUGAUA